CGACGUGGAGGCAGGUGAGCCCGCGACCUCUCGAGGUCCGGAUAAAGGUAAAAAAAAUAUAAAUCAGAGUUAUUUGUUUAUCAUUUUGACAAAGAAACAAAAGAUGGCGUAGUUUAUGGAACUUGUAAACAUUGUGGGACCGUCAUAAAAAUGGGAGUCUCCGGCGGUUAUGGCAGUCCGGAAAAACACCUAAGGUCGAGGCAUCUCGUGGAGUUUGCCAAAUACGAGGCAAAAAAGAAGGGACGACAAGAAGUGCAAACCCAAAUUUCUCGGUUUGCUAACAGAGUAAGCUCGCACAACGAACUUGCUAUGUACCAGGGUGUGCCAUGCGAUUACGACGACGACGACGUGGAUUUUGAUGUGCUCGGAUGGUGGAAGCGGAACGAACACAUGUUCCCAUGUCUCGGCAUGCUAGCAAGACAAGUGUUAUCUGUUCUGGUAUCAACCGUAGCAGUUGAACGAGAAUUCAGUGCUAGCGGGAACAUUCUAACCGACUAUCGAAGUUGUCUUAGUGCUGAAUCUCUUGAAACACUGGUUUGCAACCAAGAUUGGCUCUUGGCAAGACGUCGAGCUCAAGAGUCAUCGUACCUACUCGAAUCGGAGCAUUACAUGAAUGCAACAACAGAUGGAAGUCCGAGUUCUGAAGAAUAAGUUAUAAUUUUUUUAUGUUAAUGUAGAUAUCACAUGUUUUUCUCUUCUCCAACUUCCCUCUAUCGUCGUCAAGCCUUUACGCAAUAUAAUCAUGAGUGAUCAACAACAAGAUACCAAAAAAAGGAGGAUAUGAGCAAUGGACAACCAAAGAAAGUGAUGUACUGUUAGAGCUCAUGGUGGAUGCCGCUGCUCGAGGAUGGCGUGAUAAUAGUGGUAUUUUUUCUAAGCAAACAGUGGAAGAGAGGAUACUUCCCGAGCUUAAUAAAAGACUGGGGUGUCACAAGAACUAUCUCAAUUACCAAAGCUGAUUGAAAUGGUUUAAAAAUAAAUGGAACGCUUAUUCAGAGCUUAUGCGUUUUAGCUCUGGUUUUGGGUUUAACUCAACUACAAAGAUGUUCACUGCCAAAGAUGUUCACUGCCACAAAGAUAUUUAGAACGAAGGAUGUACAAAUUAAUACGAGUAUGAGAUAAUAAAUUGAUGAUAUAUUG